AUGUCAAAAUGCAAAGGAUGCGGUAAAUACAUAGCACAAAAAGACAUUACUAAAUGUUCUAAAUGUCAGAACUAUUACCAUCGCACAUGUGCGCUCGCGGCUACACCAGGGGUUAAAUCUGUCUCGCCAAAAUGGAUAUGCGCGGGCUGCAAUGUUGUCUUAGCAACCCCGCCAGCUGUGGCGGAGGCAUGUGUGUCACCGCAGCCGAGUAAUUCACACGGCGCCACGGCAAGUAACAACUUGCCUAGGGAUUGCAACCCGGCACAAACAGUGGAUGUAAGCUUAAUACUUAAAGAGAUUCGUAUCUUUCGUGAAGAGAUUAAUGCUUUGAUAUCGGAAUUGCGUGAGUUUAGAGAAGAGAUGUUAAGCCUUCAAGCAGAUAAUAAGAUGUGCAACGAUAGAGUGGAUUUACUGGAGAAGAGAGUUGGUGCCUUAGAGGAGAAAUCGGAUCAACAUUUGUAUCCCGACCUCACAACAUUAGAGACAACCGUACGCGAUUUAAAACUUAAACUGAAUGAGCGUGAACAGGAAUCCUUGUUAAACGACAUAGAGGUUUCUGGGGUACCCGAAUCGAAUGGUGAAAACGCAAAGCAAAUUAUAAAUAUGAUUUCCAUCAAACUCGGCAUUAAGUUGGAGGAACAGGACGUGGUAUACGCCAAACGGGCAGGAAACGGACGUCGUAAUUAUGAGGAAAGCGAAGAAAAGGCGCCUCGGCCGCGCGUCAUUGUCGUCCGCCUUACGCGACGUGAAACGCGCGAAGAGCUUCUGCGCAGCGCUCGGUAA